AGAGUGUGUGUGGCUACAUAUGUGAAUUUGCUUCAAAGCUUACCAAACAUGAUUGCAACACUGAACUUGCAUUUUACUCAAACCUCAAAUCCAAAAACGGUUGAGGCUCUCAAAUUGUAUAUCACUUCAACACAAGCCAAGAGUUCACACAAUUUCAGAACAGAAGAGAAGAGAAUUAUAUGAGAAUGGCAUGCAUAGACAGAGCAUCUCCAGCACUGAACCAAAUACUGCUAAAACUUUACUGUGCUGAGAAGCCCUUGGAGAUUGAUCAUCACUUGUAUGAAUUUGGGUCAUUGGAGUACCAUAUUCAGUCUCAAGCCUCUGAUCCACAACUAGCCUACUUGUCAAUAUCAAUGCCACCUCUUUGCCAUGGAAUCCUGCCAAAGGAACUUUCUUCCAAGACCAUUGAAAUGGUUAAGGGUCUAUGUCCUAAUGUUGUGGAGAUUAUAGACCCUGCCAAAGAAGGAUAUCAGCUUACUCUGAAGCUUAACCUUAAUCAGAUUCCAAGAAACAAAGACUAUGAUAAGAUCAUUAGGGAAAUAUCAUCAGUACAUUCAGUAAUUCUGAGUUCACAGCUGAAAGAAAUAUUAUGGAACGUGAAUUCUGAUGAUGCACUUCAGGGGAUGUACAAACCCAUCAAACUAGUCUACCAUCCAAGAGAACCUUUCUUUCUCAUAAGACAGCCACAAAGAAUCAUAGCAGUAUUCCCAAUUCGUUUGAAGGAAAAGUCAGAUGUGACUAUUGCCACAACUUUCUUUCAGGAGCUUGUGGAUGUGGGAAGUUCAGAUAAAUGGGCCAAGGUACCACCCUGCAACUGGUCAGCCAUUCCUCCACCAGAGUUAAGAGGAGAAGCUUUUGAAGAUUUGAGUACCAAUGGAGGGUUUUUCACUUUUGAUAUCUCUUCUCGCCAUGUUGAAGGCAAUAGGCUAGACAAAACUGUCUGGAGUCUAUUAAAUUUUAGUACCUAUGUUAGAUAUCAUGUAAAGGUAACAUCAAUAUUAUUCUUUCUUCUUAAAGUCUGCUUAGUAAAUCCCUUGAUAUUCCAAGUUUUGAAGAUCUUUGUACUGCAGAGCACCAAAGGUUUUAUUCAAAGAAGGAUGAGGAAGCGUUUGGAAAGCUUGGUUGAGGUACUGCACCAAACAAACUCAGAAGAAAAUGAACAAACCAAACAACAUCAAGUAUAUAGGUACACAAAGAAACUAGUGAGAUCAACAAAAUAUGUCAUCCUGAAACAAAGAUGGGGAACCUUUGGAAGAAAAAUAAAGAGGAUGGGAUUCCGGCUUAAAAUUAAUGGAUUUACACGGUUUCGUCAACGAUGGUUGAGGUUCCCAAAAUUUUCAACAGGAUAUACAAAAAUAGAGUAGAAUUCAGUGCAAAUAUCAGUUUAUGUAAUAUAUGGAGUUCAUAAAGAUGGUCCAAGAAAAUGAAUACUUCACUGCCUAUUUUUAUCAUGCCUAGCUAUAAAAUUUAUAUGGAUUUCAACUACUUUAUUGAAAUAAAAAAGGAGCAUAUUCAUUGGUCUAGACAUCUACCAAAUUUGUAAUGUUGCAAGUGUAAUGUCUAUGUAUAGAAAUCACAAUGAAGUUUUAUACCGAAA